AAAAGUUUUCUCCUCAGGAUUGGUUUUCAAAUUUUAGAAAAGAUUGCAUGUUAAUCAAUGAAAACUGGAUGGAAGAAAACAACAGCUUUGGAACUCUGACUUCCUGAUUUCAGGCAAAGUAGUUGAAGGAAUUGUUUGAAGCGAGGGGUCGGUCUUCCUGCCCAAACCUUUCUGUUAGGUUUGCAUGGAAAAGGACUAGAGGAAUCUGACUGAUCAUCGAUACAGGAGUGCUGUACACAAACACAAAGUUCCUUCAAAAUGGACUACUUUUUGGAUGUCGAGUCUGCUCACAGACUGUUUUACAGUCAAGGGGCUCAAGCUCGUCGGGCAACUCUUCUCACUGUGCCCACACUGAUGACAGCAUCUUCUGAGGAGGACAUAGACCGGAGACCCAUCAGAAGACUCCGGUCUAAGAGUGACACCCCUUACCUAGAAGAGGCAAGGAUCUGCUUCAACCUUGAUACAGCUCGCCGGGCCACCCUGCUCACCGUGCCCACAUUAAUGGCGGCAUCUUCCGAGGAGGACAUCGACCGGCGGCCCAUCCGCAGAGUGCGCUCCAAGAGCGACACCCCCUACCUCGCCGAGGCCCGCAUCUCCUUCCACCUCGACACAGCUGAGGAGGUGGAAAGACUGGCUGCGAUGCGCUCAGAUUCUCUAGUACCAGGAACUCACACACCUCCAAUCAGAAGAAGAAGCAAAUUUGCCACUCUUGGAAGGCUUUUUAAGCCAUGGAAAUGGAGGAAGAAGAAGAGUGAAAAAUUUAAGCACACUUCUGCAGCUUUGGAGAGAAAGAUAUCAAUGAGGCAAAGCAGAGAGGAGCUUAUAAAACGAGGAGUGCUGAAGGAAAUCUUUGACAAAGAUGGGGAACUUUCCAUACCAAAUGAAGAAGGAGCCUUGGAGAAUGGGCAGCCUCUGGGCUCUGGGCAAGUGCUGAGCUCCAGCCAGGUAUCCCUGCCAGCCCUAGCAGAACUGGAGUCAGGUUCAGCAUCCGGGGAACCCUGCUCAUAUGAGGUGCUCCCAACCACAGAGAUCAUGGAUGGGACAGUGUCUGAAGAGAGCCCCACAUCCAAUGAACCCGGAGUCCUCCUGUCCCAAGAUCCUACAGCUAAACCAGUCCUGCUACUUCCCCCCAAAAAAUCUGCUGCUUUCCCUGGAGACCAUGAGGACACCCCAUUGAAACAGUUGUCCCUCCUCAAACAGCCCCCUGCCCUGCCUCCUAAACCUAUUGCCAGGAUUGCCAGCCACUUAACUGAUCCUGGCGCUCCUGUGAAACUGCCUUGUAUGCCAGUUAAACUGUCACCUCCACUACCUCCAAAGAAAGUCAUGAUUUGCAUGCCUUUAGGGGGGCCAGACCUCUCUCUCUCAUCCUAUUCCACACAGAAGAGCUCCCAGCAGCCUUUGACUCAGCACCAUCACACUGUCCUGCCAUCCCAGUUAGCAGCUCACCAGCACCAGCUCCAAUACGGCAAUCACAGCCAGCACCUGCCUUCUGGGUCCAGCACGUUACCCAUUCACCCGUCAGGGUGCCGGAUGAUAGAGGAAUUGAACAAAACGCUAGCCAUGACCAUGCAAAGGCUAGAAAGCUCUGGUUUACAUGCAGGUGACAGUGUUACAAAAACAGGACCUGGAGGCCUUCCAGACAUGAGACAAGUGCCAACUGUUGUGAUCGAAUGUGAUGACAAUAAAGAAAAUGUGCCUCAUGAACCCGACUAUGAAGAUUCUUCCUGCCUUUACACAAGACAGGAAGCAGAAGAGGAGGAAGAUGAAGAUGAGGAUAACUCGUUAUUUACAAGUUCCCUGGCAAUGAAAGUCUGCAGGAAGGACUCUUUAGCAAUCAAACUGAGCAACAGGCCGUCCAAACGAGAGCUGGAGGAAAAGAACAUCCUCCCCAUGCAGACUGACGAAGAGAGACUCGAACUCAGGCAGCAGAUUGGGACAAAGUUAACAAGACGACUGAGCCAGAGGCCGACUGCUGAGGAACUGGAGCAGAGGAACAUUCUGAAACCUCGGAAUGAGCAAGAGGAGCAGGAGGAAAAACGGGAGAUAAAGAGAAGAUUAACCCGUAAGCUGAGUCAAAGGCCCACAGUAGAAGAGCUACGUGAGAGGAAAAUCCUCAUCCGCUUCAGCGACUAUGUGGAAGUCGCAGAUGCGCAGGACUACGACAGGAGGGCGGACAAACCCUGGACACGACUCACAGCCGCCGACAAAGCAGCCAUUCGAAAAGAGCUUAAUGAAUUUAAAAGCACUGAAAUGGAAGUUCAUGAAUUAAGUAGGCAUCUAACAAGGUUUCAUAGACCGUAGCAGUUCAAUUCUACCUGACUACUAUGCCGUCUUCAAAACAUAACUAAAAGGAACCAUAAGUGCUGGUAUUAUUCACUUCCCUGUUACGUACAAUGUAAAUCUUCUGAACUGCCUUUUUAAAAAAGAGUAACAAAUAAAUAUAAAAAAAAGAAAAUUGUAUUUACAUGUGAUGGGUACUGCAGCAUCAUCAGACCUGCUGGUUCACGCUUCAAUAACAGAAAAUACCCCUGGUGGGAAUCAUACCAAGACUUGGCAUCUAUGUAUAAGACUUUCCUGGCAUGUGGAUUUGCCAUACAUGUUCAAGCCCAGCUGGUGGUGCAUCCAUUUCGUCUUCAGGCACUUCUCAUCCUGAUGAGCCUCUGUCAUCAACUCCAGAGAGCCCUGAGAUGGUGUUCAGGGAAGCACUGGCCUGAGUGAAGUCUCUGACGGACCUGCAGCUACGGCGCUAAGCGCUUGUACCAAACACUCAUUUCAAUCUGCGAGCACCUUAUGAGGACAGUGGAGGAGCAGAACUACCCUACGGACCAGCCCCUCUGUGAACAUCACCUGACUAGAAAGGCAUUUGCUUUCCCUGGAGAAGCUUACGGCCAGUUCUUAGGCACUGUUUGGCUUCCAAGAAGUAAAAGGUAUCACCUUAAAAGAACAGGACUCCUUACUGAAGGCUGGUUCAGUUCUAGCAACUGUUUAUUUUUCAUCUCUUUCAAAGGUAAUUUUCUAACUCCAGUUGUGAACCCAUCAGCAGUAAGUGGCAGGAAUGUUGACAAGCAAAACCAUCUCUUCAUGGUCACUGCAUGGCAGUCACUCAGUAGUUUGUUUUAUGCCCAAACAUCGUGAUUGUAUGAGGGCCAACGCGCCUCCUGUGGUUAGACAAGCUUGGAUUCCCACCUGCUUUGCAGAGGGGUACGUGACAUGAGGAACUGAGGGCUCAGUUAGGGAUAUUCAUCCUCUCUGUAUCAGGUGUGUAAAGAACUGACCCUAAACUCACAAUGAGAAAAAAAACGCUUUUUCUCAAUUCCAGCAUGACAGAUUGUGUUUUCUGGCCUAACAAAGAGAGUCUGUUGCGUUGUUAUGGAUGGUGAGACUUGACAUUGGUAUCUACAGCUGAGGCAUAAGGACAGAAAUCCAGGGGUGUUCUGUUUGGUUUUAAUUUAUUUUUAUUACAGUGGUUUAACACACAAACUGACCAAGUAGGGCUCAGAGAGCUGGUCACUCUGGGCCUGAUUUACCUGCCAACUUAAGUGUGUGCUUAACACUAAGUAAGCAUGUAAAUAGUCACACUGAAUUCAACAACGUCUCACAGGCUUAAUUGAAGCUGAACACAUACAAGUGCUUUUCUGAACUUAGGCCAGCACCUUCCAGAAUCAAGUCCUUAACCAGUAUGAUGCCAGCAAGCUCCAGCAAAUGUUGUGUAGGAUUUCUCUCCAGCUCUUAUAAGAAACUAUUAUGCCAUGUUUUGGAUCAAUGGUCCAAAGCACUGUAGCAACAUUACUGUAAGAAAUUCCAGAUUAUGACUUCAGGAUAUCUUUUUUCUUCCAUAAUAGCUAUUUUGCUUUGAAAGUUCAAACAGAGAGGCCAAAGUUUUUUACUAUGGUAUUGUAAUUUUUGUUAUUAUUUUAUUAUUUUUUCCUUUCUCACUGUCUUCCAUGUAUUUAUCCACUCUUCUGUGCUCCCUCUCUACCUCCCCCUGAGGCCAUGCUAAAGUUGUCCUUUACCAAUUGCGGGCCAAGAGGCCUCUCACAAGUGAGAAUUUUGUGGCCAAUUCUGUGUAGUGCCAAGCGCUCCUGCCUCUUCUCAGGCCUCGGUCUCAUUCCUGUGGUUGUGGGAGUAAAGCAGAAGGACCCAUGGGUAGGCCAUGGAGUUGCUCUCACAUUCAGCUUGCCAAAACAGCAUUGGAGGUGAGGCUUACUGACUCCAUUUAGGCUUAGCAGUACUCAAUACCUCGCGGAUUUGCACUCCAUUGGAGACGAGUGAAAGCAGUUCAUUCUCAUCUGUGGCCAUCCAUGCAACACUAUGGAGUAUUAGCUAUUAAACAGCACUUGGCUGUUGUAGAAUGGAAGAUGCAACAAAGGAAAGUAAAAACCAGCUGGUUUCUGGUGCCUCAUUUUGGGGCAGUUUGCCUCUGAUAUGUUAUUCUUCCAAGACCAGGUAACGAUUUCUGGAUAAACAUACAAAGCGAUCCCUGUAUCACCAGCUCACAACUGCUUUAGAUACAAGUUCAUCAGCAAUGGAAGCCUUUAAUGUGAAACGUUGUCAGCUCAGUGCAGCAGGGACAGAGCACUUAUUAGCCAGGAAUACACUGUUUUGGGGGUUAUUUUCCUGAAAGCGUGGGGUUUGUGUUUUUAAAUUCGUCCACACACGCAUGCACAUCUAACAAGACUGCAUUCCCUUUGAAAAGGAAAAACAAAGCUCUUGACUUUGGACCGCGCGCACUGCGCUAGGAAAGGGCUCCGGGCCGUAUCUGUGCUGAGCAGCAGCCAGCCCUCGUGGCCCCAGUGUGGCUGCCACGCCGGCCCUGGCAUCACUAGCCUUAGCAGUUCGGUGUGACAGGGAGCAAGACUGCUGCGGGAGCCAGCGAGACAGGAAUCACAGGACUCAGUAGGCUGGUGGGAGGAACAAGGGAGAUUUGGGUUUUGUGAUGAAAAUGAAGAAGCAAGAGGUGGAAGAAGCAGGCUGUUGUUGUCAGUCUAUCGUCAGUACUGAUGCUGCUGGGGGCCCGUGGGCAGCAUCACUUGUCCCUCGUGGGCAUGGACCCUGGAGGUGCCCAUGCCUGCACAUCUGGUAACCCAAAUAAGCCCCUUGUGCAGUGGUUGAAGCGCAUGACAGCCCAAUCCCAGGUGUGAGCCAGAAGGGUCCCCAGCCACCCAGCUUUCGGCUGGAUGGGCCCAAGGCUGGUCCCUGCUGGCCUCUGGGUGAGUUGCCAGUCCCUGGCCGCUGGCCACCUCAGGAUGUGUGCCACUUGCCUGGCAGCUACGCAGGGCCACAUUUGGUUUUGUUUUUUUUUUAAAUUAUGUUAACUCCUACCUGUCUGAGCAGACACCAGGACACAGUGGAAGAACUGCCAUAUUUCUCCCAAACUGCAAGAUUGUCACCAAGAAGGGGGAUGGGGGAGGAGAAAGAAGCCAUAUAAAGUGUUCAAAUGCUGUGGCAAGCAUCACAGAGCAGAACUGGCACUUCAUUUAGUUACAGCUUCAAUGGGCUUGGGUGUUUUGCAAAGUUAUCCUUUGGCAAGGCAUUCUUCAGAGAUGUAACAACCUUUCAGUGCCUGAACACUGCCAUGUGUCCCCGGUUUGCAUGCCCAGCUCCUUUUGGCAUUCAUGGGAAGUUGAGAGCAGACUGGGGAACCUCUAGUCUUUCUUUUUUUUCUAAUCUGUUUUUUGAGCACUGCAACUUCAUUUCUCAUUUGUGAUAGCCAUCUCCACCGUGACAAAGUAGUUGUGAGUCCAUUGGGGGAAAAAAAUUAUCCCCCCCCCCCAUCAACUUGGGCUGUGUGAAGGAAAGAAAGCUGAUAACAUUUCUGCUGAAGACUCCAACAAGCAUCCUCAUUCAUACUUGGAAGAGACUAACAGUAGUAAUAAAGAAGUUAGGUCAGGUUUACAGAAUGGGAAACCAACAAAGAACAAAAAUUGCUACUCCAGUAACUGAUCAUCAGGGCUGAUAGUGGAGAUAAUGUACCAAAGUCAAGGAAGAAAAAGACUAUAACCAGUAUCUACUGAAUCCUGAUGUGCUAUUUAUUCUUAAAAUGUGCAAAUAAUGUGACAUCUUUUCUUCAGCUUAUGGAAAGAUGAGGUGGAAACUGAGUGGCAAGAAAGAAGGAACUGGAAAAGCAAGUGCAGAACUUCUAGCCAAAAGCUUUGCUUAGUUGCGAAAAGCAAGGCGGAGGGUAACAUGAAGGUGGCAUCUCCCUCCCACCCACACCUUUGCCAGGAGUGGGCAACGGGGACCUGGUGACAUAUUUAGGACCAGCAGAAGGUCAGCGCUGUGGCCUUCCUCGUCCCAAGCCUCACUGGUUAUGCAUUUGCAAGUCAAAAAAUGUUUUAGGCUGCAUGUUCUCUGGGACAGGGCUUAAUCCAGCUUUUGCAUCUAGGCAAUUUCUAGUAUACGCUCUAGGCAUUACUGGGAGAGAAGGAAGGGAAAAAAGAAUAUAAUAGCGUUUUUUGGUUGUUUUUUUUUAAACCACUUUAUGGUCAUUGCGACUAGGUAGUGAGCCCAUUGCAAGAAUCUAUUUCAGCCCAAGGCUUACAUGUAACCACAGCACUUAUUUUUCAUCACCAUGACCAGUCACCAAACUCACCAUUCAUUAUUUCUACAGUGCCAUCUGUAUAGUGGCAACACUAUAAACCAACAGAGUGAAAGCACUUCCGACAUGCCCAGGGAAGGCUUGCAAUCGCAGUAACCUGGGUGAGAUGGAGACCCGACGUCAUAUGUGAACAGGGGCUCCCUAAUGUGCCUGCAAAUAAAAUCACUUUGUAUAAAUAGCCAUGGGAGAUGACUAGGCUAGUGAGAAUCAGGAAAGCAAAAGGGGGACAAAUGAUUUUUUCCAGGUGUUCAGUCUGCUCGAGCUUGCAACAACUUGUGUAAACAAAGAGGCGGUGGCGGGCAGAUUACCUGCUUUCCCAUGUGCCCCAAGUACUCCAGCACCAGUUGCAUUUUUCCAGUUGAUAUCCAAGUGUAUGUAUAUAGUUCGUCUUUGUAUAGGAGUGAGUGUGGUGACUGUCAAUCAUGUGCUCUUCCAGUAUUGUAAUUUAACAAAUUAUGGCUGUAUGAAAACCAUGUAAAUAACUAGAAAGAAAUUAAACUGGAUCGCUAUGUCCUAGUUUUUGUACAUACUGAAACUGCAUGGUGUUUAAAUUAUUGUUUGUCUCUGAUGUAUGCAGUUUCUUAAAAAAAUUCCUUUAAAAAAGAAAAAUCA